GCCAGCAAGAUGGGCCACCAGCAGCUCUACUGGAGCCACCCCAGGAAGUUCAGGCAGGGCUCACGGUCCUGCCGCGUUUGCUCCAACCAUCACGGCCUCAUCCGCAAGUACGGCCUCAACAUGUGCCACCAGUGCUUCCGCCAGUACGCCAAGGACAUAGGCUUUGUCAAGCUCGACUGA